UUACCUGUAUAUAAUAAAGACUUUAGGCUCGUGGCCCUGAGGUAAACAACAGCUGAGGUGGGACUCGGCCUCAGAUGAGAUGUUGGGUUUUGCAACAGUGACAGUUGUUGCACCAAUACAGCUUGAGGCGGAAGACAACAGCUAUUUGAGUGGCUGUUAUAUCUCUUCUUUUGCGAGUGGAAACAACGAGAGAGCAUCUCACGUUGUUGUCAUCACCUGUGCCGGGUCGCACCUCACCUCACCCAUCGGUCGCAUCAACAAUGAGAAAAGAAGCGGCGGCCACAGUAGCAGUAGGAGUGUGUGGGUAGACCUGCAGACACAGCCUCAUGUGAUGCUUCAGUCUGUCACAAUACUCCAGAAAAAUGUUUCUCUGAGUGAAGUGAACCUCGUUCUUUACGACUCCCGGGAGAUAAGCGAGUCGGAGCUCGUAGGUAAAAAGUUUCUCUACGAGGAAGAGAAAGACCACGGAAACGAUAUAGUGCCGUAUUUUGUACACUGCGUCCAGCGAGAGAGUCGUGACCAUGAAACACGGGUAUCGAGGACGAGAGAAAGUUGGACUAAAUUACUAUUAUUGAUAAUCAGAUCAUUCCUUGUCUUAUCGUGGCUGCCAAAAAUUGCUCUAGGAAGUCUACAUUCAGUGUUAGUUAAGAGAUUCGAUUAUUCAAGUAGCGCCCUGCAGCAGCUGCUUCUGCGGAUCACUCAGAUAGAGACGUUAGAAGAAGAGGUGAGAGAACAGAAGAGGACCUUACUAAGUGGCCGCCUGCUUACCAUGAUUGUUGUGGACAUCUUGACAGGAAUCACUGUUGCUUGCAUCAUCAGUCACUAUGCUUCUGUAAAUGACAUAUAUACAUAUUUCUGUAGUUGGACAAAGUUGUUGGCUGGGAGUGUUGAGCGUCUCCUGCAGUGGCUGAGUGGUGUACCGGCUGGACUUAAGCUCAACCAACCUCUCACACAAGCACUGUCUGCAUUCUUCUCCUACCAUGUUCAUCUCUGGAGACUGUACUUGGAACUGGCCGACCCGCUGUUGAGAAGUUUAGCCUGGGUGCUGGUAUGGCUGGGGAUGUGUGGAGCGUCGGUGCAAGUGGCCAUUCUGUCGGACCUCUUAGACCUGGCCACCCUGCAUCUCUACUGCUUCUAUGUGUAUGGUGCAAGAAUACACAUGUUGCAAAUAUCACUCCUCGGCUCUCAGUGGCGUGCAUUUCGCGGCCGAAAGUGGAAUCCUCUGAAGCAGCGAGUGGACAGUCACGACAAAGGGGGCCACGUAUCCCUCACGAGGGUCCUGACAGCGGUGGUGUUUACGCUGGUCAUAUUCCUCCUACCAACCACUACCAUCUACUACCUGGUGUUUGUCCUGUUGAGAGUGGGACUGAACCUGAUGCGAGGAGCGAUGUCAUUAACUGUGUGGCUCCUCAACAUUAAUCCACUGUACUUGGUCCUGCUCAACCUGUCUGCCUCCAACAGAGUGAAAGGUGACAUAUACUUCUCAACUGUUUCUGCCCCGGAGGUUAACAAACACAGUGUAUGUCCAGUCGCUGCCCCACUGGUCCUUCACCUACACACGUGGCCCACUGCCCUCAGUGAGGUGCUCGUACACGCCCACACUGAUGACUUCCCUCCCAAGCCUUCACCAGACUGGAAGUUAAUAUUCUCAAGUAUUAUGUUUGGUGAAAAUUUGUUGUAGGCAUUGUAGAGUCUUGGACAAAAGUUGCCUCCCCAUGGUGAAACCGGGUCACGAGAAUGAGUCUCCAAACUUACUUACUUAUCCUGACCGUCAUCUGGUGAGGGUGUGCCGUCUUAUCUUGUUUGGGAUCAAUACUGUUUCAGUUUGGGAGAGAGCAAACUUUUGACCCCAACUGUACAGUACAUGGUAUGAUGUCAAUUGGUUCAAGUUGUCGUGCUUCAGAUAGUUUCAGUCUGUGGCACGAGGACGACACCUCCAUGAGUACAUUUGACUAAAACUCCUGUCUGAUGUCUUUCUGAUUUCCUUCUCAACUUUAAAAAAAAACUACGAAAUUAAAA